GACGAGAAUACCUAAACAGUUUUUGGAAACUAGGAGCCCGGAUGUAAAAAACAACAAAAAGAUUCCUUAGGACAUUCUAAUUAGUUUUCCCCACUAUAAAACUUAACAUCUCUGCCAGACAUUUCUAAAUUCAGUGAAAGCAAAUUUCUAGUUAAAUUUCACGUUCUACCCGAGUUUGCGGUCGACUGCUCCGAAAGCUUUGAUUUUACCUGGAACAUCCACACCGAAUUUUUGCUUUCAGGAGUGGAUCAGUAAAAUUUUGUGCAAAUGACAGCUUGUUUUCAGUUGAAUAGAAAUUUUGGGUAUUAAUUAAUUGUAUGCAAGCAGUCUUUAUCAGAGAGUGAAAGAUAUGAGUGGCAUUUCUAAAAGAUGGCACGAGGAGGGUAACCAUCAAUCAGGUGCUUCAAUGUCAAAACGACAGCAUGAGGAGACUUUGGGCUUCUCAAAUUCUGUAGGGAAGACCAAUCCGUCUGGUUCUGAUUAUUACAACAGUUUAAUUGAAGCUGGGCAGGAUGGAAGGCUGUCAAAAAUUCAACGUACAGAGCCUCGUGAUAUUGACAGAAGAGCAAGUAGUUUGAACCCUGCAUAUCGCUAUCUACCUGUUGACGAUCCUUAUUCAGAAAUUUCAGUUGCUGCUGAGAGCCGUGGAGAAGCAAGAGAUAACAGAGAAACCAGAGAUGUAAAAGUUGAACCCAGAGAUGUCAAAGUUGAACCCAGAGAGUACAAAGGAGAUGCUCGUGAUACAAGAAAUGAUUCUAGUGUGGAUUCUCGAGAUAUAAAAGGAGAGAGAGAAAUGCAACCAGAAGGUAGAGGUGGUGAUCUUAGAGAUUUAAAAAUUGAAAGGGACUAUCAUCCAGAUGCAAAAGGUGACAGCAAGAUUGAAAGAGAUCGUCGUGAGAGAGGAGAAACACGUGAAAGCUGGAAAGAUCUCAAAGAUCACUAUUAUGGUGGAGGAGAUCAUGAAGGCUCCUUUCAACACUCAUGGUAUCCUGGAGAUCUUGGUUGGUGUAGUCAUAGUGGAAAAGAAGCAGGAAAGGAAAUUUCAAUGGAAGAAGAUGGGGAAUUUUGUGAGCCAAAAGAAGCUGUUGGGGAAAAUAAGGUUGAAUGGAAACGUGAAGAGAAAGAAAAGGAAAGGGAGAGGAAAAGAAAAGAAGAUAAACAAAGGGAUUGGGGUGACCGAGAAAGAGAGAGGGAUGAUUGGCGCAGCAGUUUUCAGUUGAACAAUAAUUUGCAUGAGCGCAAAGAAAACGUUAGAGAUGACAGAGAAGCAGAUAGAUGGGACAGAGAUAGAGAGAGAAAAGAUAGAGGAAAAGACAAGGAAAGGCAGAAAGAAAAGGAAAGGGAUCAUGCUAAGAAGGAAAGACCAGAAAGAGAUGAUAAGGAGAAUGCUUUGCUUACUGAAAAAGAAGAAUUGGAAGCAUCUCGAAAGAUUCCUGAGCAGGAAAAUCCAGAACAGGAACAGAAGGCAAUCAAAGAGCCUGAUGGCUGGAAGAAUCUAGACAGAGAUGACAAGGACAGAAAGAAAGAACGAGACAAAGACAUGGAAGUUGAUAAACAUGAGAAGAGAAUUCGAUACCAUGAGAAGGAUGCAGACGAAGCAAGUAUUGAGGGGGAAGUAGUUGUUGAGAGGGAAAGGGAGGUGUUUAGCUAUAGUGUCCAACAACGGAAAAGGAUGUUACGACCUAGGGGUCAUUCACAGGCCAUCACACGAGAACCACGGUCGCGUUUUCGUCCAAAGGAUAUUGACGGAUCUCAAGGGCGGUCUGAGGCAUCAGCAGUUGUUUAUAGAGUUGGUGAAUGCAUGCAGGAGAUAAUAAAGUUAUGGAAGGAAUUUGAAGCAUCUAAGGGUACCAAUAAUGGAGAGAGCUCCUCGGUAGCUGGUCCAACGUUAGAGAUCAGGAUACCAGCUGAACAUGUUACUACCACCAAUCGUCAGGUCAAAGGAAGCCAAUUAUGGGGAACGGAUAUUUACACGGAUGACUCAGAUCUUGUUGCAGUACUAAUGCACACGGGAUACUACCGACCAACGGGUACGCCACCUCCACCAGCCAUCCAUGAGCUUCGUGCAACAAUUCGUGUCCUUCCACCUCAGGAUAGUUAUACGUCAACUUUGAGAAACAGUGUUCGGUCCCGUGCUUGGGGAGCUGCAAGUGGUUGCAGCUAUCAGGUUGAGCGAUGCCGCAUUAUGAAGAAAGGAGGUGGAAGUAUUGAGCUUGAACCUUGCUUGAUGCGGUUCUCUGCUGUUGCACCCACACUUGCACCAGCUGCAAUGGAGCGGUCAAUGACAACAAGAGCUGCAGCUUCGAGUGCAUACCGCCAACAACGAUAUGCGCGAGAAGUCAGCAUACAAUACAAUCUUUGCAAUGAGCCCUGGAUGAAGUACAGCAUUGGCAUAGUCGCAGAUAGAGGCCUGAAGAAGUCCCAGUUCACGUCAGCUCGCUUGAAGAAAGGUGAAGUACUAUAUGUAGAGACUCAUGCUAACAGAUAUGAGCUUUCAUAUGAUGGUGAAAAGGCUCUUUGCAAUGGUUCCUUUGGGUCAACUACAGCUACAUCAGUCCCUUUGCAGGCUGUGAACACUUCUGAUCGAGGAAUAGAUAAAGCAGCUAUAAGUGAGAAUGAGAAACAUCAUGCUCAUGGUGGUCAUUCUCAGAAUGGAGAUAAGAGCCAAAGCCGUGGAAACCAUGACGCAGAAAAAGCACAGGGCGUGGUAGAGAACUUUGAUAGGUUUAAGUGGGCUCGAUGCAAGCAGCCAUUGCCUCAGAAGGUUAUGCGUGCUAUUGGAAUACCCUUGCCUCCUGAAUAUGUUGAGGUCUUGGAAGAGAAUUUAGAUUGGGAAGAAACCCAAUGGUCACAAACAGGUGUUUGGGUUCGUGGUAAAGAAUAUCCUCUCGCACGGGCACAUUUUGUAUCUUCGAUGUAACAUUGUGAAGAUGGCAGGUUAUAUUUGUGGGUACAAUAUCUGAAUAAAUGUUGUCUGAAGAGCAAUGUGAGUUAAAUCUUAAUAGCUUUAUCAUGGAGAAGGCUGCCUAGACUGUGGUCAUUCUACCAAUGGGUAUAUACACAGCAUUGAUUUGGAUUGGAUGGACAUUUAUGUUCUUAAUUAACGCUUCUUUACCAACUGUAUAAUUUUGCAGUCAAACAUAUUGUCUCAGUCAGAUUGACUCAAGCAAAGAUUUCAUCUCUCACGAGAUACUAUUUGAAACUGUUCCUGAAUGUGACAUAGUGGGAAUAAAUGAGAUUUUGGAGCACAAUUUUCAAAGGAUAUUUCACACUAUCACUUUGUGCAUAUGGAGUUCUUUACAACGGCACAGUAAGACUCAUAUGCAAUGUUACGUUGUGCAGGUUGGUUGUAAUGCCUAUCAAGUAUUUUAACUUAUAAUAGUACGAAUUUGCUAUAGACUGCAAACAAAUAUCGGUAAAAGUAUAUGUUGCAAGGGAGGAGGAAAGUUGCUAUUAUUUCACAUGAUAUAAAAUGUAUGCUGCUUUGUUAUUUGACAUCUUAACCUAACUGGAUUUGAUAGGUAUCCAGCUAUUUGAAGUCCUAGACCUAUUUAUCGGUAUUUGUUUUUUUCUCAAUACAAGAUUCGUAGUGUUUCUAGCCUUCUCCA